AUGCCGGGUGUGGAAGUGAUGGAGCCAUCGGAGGAUUCGCAAGCAGUUGAACGGCCUCUCCUGAGGUCUCACAAGACACUCCCUCGGCGGGGUGUAAUUGUUCCUAGCAUCGAGAUCGUUCAACCGGUCUCCCCAGAUCCAAAUGGAAAACUCACUGCGACGCCCGCGCCUCCCUUGACUCCUCCGGGUGCAGGCCCAGAAGAAGCCGUGGUUGACGAAAGAACACCUCAGAAGAUGGAACCAUCCCUCUCCGACCUUCCAGCAUCUGAAAUGCUGACUCCUCGCCGUCCUUCUAAGCCUCCGACUCCCGAUGUGACACCUCCUCGAACAGACUCGAAUAAGCGACCCACCCUAAACCAGUUCAGUUAUUUCUCAUCCUCGUCUCGAGCCGAUUCAUUUCAGACAGCUUUGGAGAGUAUCUCAUCUGAAGAUAUGGACACUCCGGGUCGCAUGUCUCAGAUUGCGAAGCCAGCCAGACAAAGGAUACAGCCAUCAAAGCCAAACGCCUCAAAUGGAUAUCAUUCACAAUUUGCAAAUACAAAGUUGCCACCAUCUGCUUCUCAACAAAGCGAUGCAGGAUACGAUGGAUUCAAGUCUUUUGAUGGGGAUUGGGCCGCAAGCCUGGUCGAUGGGUCGCCAACGCCGUUAGCUGGCAAGCGAAACACUACACAUAACCACACCCAAUUAGCCCAUCAACCAGAAAUUACCGCGCUAGACAUCGAGCAACUAAAUUCUUCGUUGAUGCGGGAAAAAGCACUGCGAGACCGCGUGAAUGGCAAUCAAGUCAAAGCAAGUCCCUCGAUGGAGCAGUUCCGUGAGAAUAUUGGGUGGCCGUCACCAAAGGGUCCGGCCAGGUCGGCUGGAUCCGAUGCUCGUCCUUUGUCAGUCAUCUCUUCGACAUCCACCGUCGAGGCUAUGAUAAUCGACUCUCCUAGACAAACUCGACGAAUGCUUCGGCAUACCGAAAAGAGAAGCUCCCUCCGGUCUGUCAGCUCUCCCAUCACAAGAUCCGAGCGCACAUCUUAUGAUUCACAAACACAACAUCGUCUGAUUCACAAGGACGCUCGGAUCUCUGAUCAGGAUUGUCGAGGCAGAUCAUCAGAGAUAUCAUUCUCGACGCAGAGAAGCAACAGUGCAAUGCAGCCCAAAAUCGAAACCAUCAAUGUAGUGGUCAUACCCGAGAGAACCUCGUCCCUUAAGUCCCGACCUAACAGCCAUGCUUUUUCCAAACCGGAUUCUCGGCGAUCAAGCCGUUCAACGGCACCGCGGCAAACCAAGCAAUCCGAUUCAAUGUCGAUAAGAUCUCAAAAUGAUUCGAAGAUUCGGCCCAUGGAACGUCCUUUCAUACCACAGCGAAGCUCGUCACUAUCGGCGCCGACAAGUCGGAACAAUUCUCGCACGACUUCUAUCACAUCCAACAGUCUGCGAAGUCGACCCAUGGAACAUCCUGUCAUAACACGGCGAAGCUCCUCGCUUUCUGCACCAACGAGCCGAAAUAAUUCUCGCGCGACGUCUCUCACUUCCGAUAGUCUGCGCAGCCACAAUCUAGCCAUGGACCAGGAGAUGCAAAAGGGUCUCGAGAAUCAGCCUCUGUCUCCACCUCGCCACAAUAUUUUGGCUUCGCCUAACCGUCAUGAUUCACUCGAGAUACCAAGUAUCCUCUUUUGUGCCUCCAAUAGUGAUAUGGUAACGCUGCGUCCACCUUCAUUGCCUUUUACCCAAGGGUCGGUUCCUUCGUAUUCUCCUGGACCUGUCGAAAUUCAAGAGGCUACUGCCGUCAGCCUGUUCUCACACAACAACCGAUCACUGUUGCUUGUUGAUCCUAGGGUGCAGGCUCCCAGACGCUCUCUCCAAGCGCUUGAAAUUCCCAAUGGCUCCCCUCGCAUACCUGUCAAUAAUUUGACGAAAGUCGACUCUCCUUUGAGGAACCCCCGUCCUCCACCCAAACCCCCCGUUGGUAAACCCCUUCCUCCAAUUCCCUUGCAGGACGCCCAAGAUGAAAACAAAGGCCUUGGUCGACGAUGGGGCUCCGUUCGUCGUCCCUGGAGCUCACGUCCUCGGUCAGAUUCUUUCAACAGUCUAGCACGAUCAUGCUCCAUGAAAUCGGCGAAGAACCGAACCGCAGGCAUGGAAAUGGACAGUCGUCUGCAUCCAUUUUGGCGACCGCGCGGGUUCUGGGAAGACAUACCCGGGUCACCAGAGAAGGAACCCUCGCCAACGCGGCAACCUUCUCCACGACACGAUGAAUCCUGGAUUGUCAACAACUCUCUAGGCCUGCCCCAGCGGCGCAUUGCCUUCCAAGGUCCACCUGCUCUGGCCCACCGGGGCCCGGAAAUGAAGCGUUUGCUCAAUGGAAUGACCAGUAACGGUAGUUUGGUUGACCAAGGCAUGUUCCGAAGUGGAUCUCCACUCACCCCGACUCACUUCCGGACUCUCUCUCGCUGGGGACUUCACCUGCAGUCAAUCUCGUGGCGCAAUAUGCGAAAUCGUCUGCGACGGGCGCGUCAGCGACGCGACGAGAGAAAACGGGCUAUGCGAAGGGAAACUCUCAAGCAAAGUAUCGGUGGCCCUGUCUACAUAGCGUCGAGCGCUAGUCCUACGGCCGGAGUGGCCAUGAUAUGA